CUCUGGGCUCUUCGGAGGCUUCCAGGGGCAGUCUCUGCUGCCAUCUGGUGGUCAGGUUAUGCCUUGCAUUCUCUGAAAACGUUGAGCUGGCAUUUAUGGUAUUGCGGGGUUGGCGAUUUCCUUUCCGAAGUAAACUUUACCCGAUCCUUGCUGAGAACCUGAAAAUGGGCAAUCUUCUGGGUGGGGUGAGGGCAAGAAGAUCCUGAAUCCUGCCAGCCCUUCUCUGAGGGAACUUUCAGAUGUCCUACCCCGGCUGGGAAGAUUCUGCUCUCUCACCUAGCCACGUCCCAGUGCCUGCCUGGUACGUUCCUGCUCCUGGGGGUCCUGCCACUCCUGACUACGGGCCUGGUUUGUGCAAAAGACAGUCCAAGGGAGGGAAGGGGUGGGAGGCACGGGUUGGUUCGCCCAGCCGCCCUGAUGGCCAGAGUGAAUGCUCAGUAAAUAGCAGUUUGGGUGCGGGGGCUGAGGAGGAAGCUUGGGAUGAAGGAGAUGUGGCUGCUGGCUGGAGAACACACGUUUCUUGGUGGGAGCAGGGUUAUCAGUCUGCAAAGUGGACGGAAGGGGGCCUCGCUGAUCUCAACUAGAUUUACCCUGACCUUCCCCUUCCCCUUCUCAACGGCGUCUUGCUUGGUUCACACGCCUCUGGGCCUUGCUAGAAAGAGGUUCCCGCCCGCUUGGCUUGGGGCCAACCCUCGAAAGGGUUUUGGGGCCGCUCACCUGUUCCCAAAGUCGCCGCGCCGAGGCCAUCACCCGGCAGAGGGCGCCAGACCUCCACCUUUGGGAGGUCGGGUGAUAGGGCGCCGCCGCCAGUGCUGCCUGCUCCCGGCUAUGGACAACCUUGGGGCACCAGCCGCGACUGCCGCCCCGGGCCCGGGCAAGAAGGAGCUGAAAAUCGUGAUUGUGGGCGACGGCGGCUGCGGCAAGACUUCGCUGCUAAUGGUGUACAGCCAGGGGUCCUUCCCCGAGCACUACGCCCCAUCCGUGUUCGAGAAGUACACGGCCAGCGUGACCGUGGGCAGCAAGGAGGUGACCCUGAAUUUAUACGACACCGCCGGGCAGGAAGAUUAUGACCGGCUGCGGCCCCUGUCCUACCAGAACACCCAGCUCGUGCUCAUCUGCUAUGACGUCAUGAACCCCAUCAGCUAUGACAACGUUCUCAUCAAGUGGUUCCCUGAGGUCACCCACUUCUGCCGUGGGAUCCCUAUGGUGCUUAUCGGCUGCAAGACAGACCUGAGGAAGGACAAGGAGCAGCUGCGCAAGCUCCGGGCGGCCCAGCUGGAGCCCAUCACCUACACGCAGGGCCAGAGCGCCUGCGAGCAGAUCCAAGCCGCCCUCUACCUGGAAUGUUCUGCCAAGUUUCGGGAGAACGUGGAGGACGUCUUCCGAGAGGCCGCCAAGGUUGCCCUCAGUGCUCUGAAGAAAGCACAGCGGCAGAAACAACACCGCCUGUGCCUGCUGCUUUGACACCUCCCGGCGGGGCCCACGGCCCUCACGAUAGAACUGACAGGACCCAGGUCCCCAGGUCCAGAUUGCUCCCCGGAUCCUGCCCCCUCCCCAGCUCUCGAAGGGCACUUGGAGUCGGACGUCUCCAGGGCCUGGUGUCUGGAGCCUGUGGCCAGGCUCUUGGAACAUUCUGGAACUCUCUCCUUUCCCAGCUGGGGCUCUGACCACGAGCUCUCCUCCAGCCUGCGUGGUGGUGGUGGUGAGCGAGGGUGCUGGACUCAGUCCCUCUGUACCCUGGAACUAGCACUUGUCCCCAGGACUCAGGAGUGCCCUCAUCACAACCAACCCCCAGCCGUGUGUCCCCCUCUGCACACCCAAUAGGUCCUCAAAGCCUGUGCUUGAGGUGAGAAAUGACGUCUGGUAUGAGGAUAAAUGUGGACUUGGCAGCGUUCCACACGGCCCCCAAGCCUGCUCUCCCAAGUCACUCGCCUCCCUGGUUUCCUGAGAUAGGCAUGGCUGCAUCCUCUAGCUUCUUGCUUCCUCCCCGCAGGAACUCAGGCACCAGGAUGGGACCGAGGCCUAUCAGGAGAACACAGGCCCCAGCCCCAAACGUGGGGGGCCGGCACCAGCCCCCUUCCCUCCUCCCUUCCAAACAGAGGACUUCAGUCUCAGCCCUCGGCUUGGCCGCCAUCUUUCCAGAGCUGGACGCACACGAGGCAGAGAAGAACCUCUCUCAAAAAGCAAAAAGUAUUCUUUGGACCAUCCAUGUGACCCUCGCUCAGCGGCUCCUCACCUGCAACCCCUCCGCUCGCCACUACUUGCCAGAAACCCAAGAUGAAAAGUGACGUCAGCUCCGAGUGAUCUUGGGCAAGUCAGGUCUCUCUGCAGACUGUCUGCAGAAGGACGGCACGGGCUCAUUUACAUAGUCACCGAGCUCCCGUCUCUCACAGCCUCCAAUUCUGCCAAGAUGUGGAGAUCUGGAACCAAGGCCAUCCUGGCCUCCUGCGAGAACAGACUUGAUUAACCCCCAGUGCAGAUUCACUGAACCUCCUAGAAGGUCUGAGGUCAGGGGCCCAAGUUUUUAAACAAGUGCCCCAGGUGAUUCUGAUGCCCCAGAGAUUGAGAGCUGGUGGCUCCUGAGUAAGCCCAGGCAUCAGCGUUACCUAAGAUGAGAUAAUGGCUUCAGGUGGCUCCUGCCAUCCCCAGUAUCUCCUGCCUCAGCCCCCUCCAUUGCCCAGUGCUUCGGCCCCCACUAGGCCUGAGACAGAGACUUAUGAUGAAGUCUACCCCGCCCCACCUAGGUUCCACAAGGCCCUGCCAUGCCCUGGGGAAUCGAGAGAGCAUUCGGUCCAAGGCUUCGUGGACAAAUGAUGGUCUAGGAAAGAGGUCCACAAACCAGUCUGUGGGCCAAAUCUUUAUUUUUGUAAAUAAAGUUUUAUUGAAAAACAGCCACGCCCAUUCGUUUAUGCAUUGGCUGCUUUUGCCCUCCAGUUGCAGACUAGAGUAGUGUGAGAGACCAUCUGUCCCUCAAAGCCUAAAAUAUUUGCCAUCUGGCUCUUCACAGAAAAAGUUCGCCAACUCCUAGUCUAGGGCAAACCCAAGUGCCUAAAGGGCCAGAUGGGAGACCCGGAUGAGUGAAGUAGGGCAGGGAUAAAAGGGAGUGGUGGGGCCUAUGGCAAAUUAGAAAGCAAGCACCCCACCCUAGACAAGGCAGCUCAGCCCAGCCAGAUGCUGCUCUGUGGGAAUGUUUCUAGAUCUUUCCAUUUCUCUAGGGAAAGUGGAAAUCUGGAUUUUUAUGUGGAAUCUUACUGGGGGGAGGGGAAAUUUCAUACUUUAAAAGUUUAAACCCCUUUGAGGCCCAGAGCAUGAUUAUGGACACCAUCUGUGUACUCUGGUCGACAGGGAUUUCUAAGUAAGUCGUUAAGAACGGCUGAGGCCCAUAUGAGGAGAAGAUGCAGAAAAUGCAACCAAACCUGUUGGCUUCUUCACCCUCCCCACAGAUACAGAAGCUAACGUGAGGUGACCAGCAGACCUGCCCUGGCCUCUAGUGUGUGGCCGCCGCCUGAAGUGAGCCUGCUCAGACGUCCCCCACAUUCCAGAACCUCUGAGGUGAAGGGAGGAAGCCUGAACACGGGUGACCUCCACACUGGCUUACGUCCCAACCAGCGCCGAGGGGCUUGACCCCACGCCCUGAGUGCUCACGGAGAGAAUCUGGGAAGGUGGGCUGAGGGGUGGGAGUCAUGAAGCCCCCAAAAGUGGACCCAAACUUUGAGAGGGG